AUGCUGAACACCCCCGUAGAGUCAUUCGAGCUUGACGAGCAGGGAAAAGUGUGCAGGGUUAGAACCAAAGAUGGACAGGUGGCCCGCUGCAAAAUGGUGGUGUGCGACCCUUCGUACAUUGCACAGCAGUUCCCAUCCCGUCUGCGCCCCCACGGCAUCUGUCUCAAGGGGAAGACCAUCGCGAUUGUCAGCACAACUGUUGAAACUGACGACCCGGAAAGCGAGCUGGCCCCCGCUUUGAAACUGCUAGGAAACAUUGAAGAGAAGUUCGUGGCGGUCAGCGACUUGCUCGAGUGCACAGACACUGGAAGAGAGAGCAAUAUUUUUGUCUCCAAUUCCUUCGACGCCACUUCGCACUUUGAGUCGGCUACCCAGGACGUUCUCAGGAUUUGGGAGAAUAUGACGGGGGAGCCCCUGGAUUUAUCUGUCAAGGCUGACCGGGAGGACCUACAGGAGCAGUAG